GAAAACGUGAUCGGACAUGUGACCCAGUUAUCUAGGUUAGGUUUGGAUUCGAUAGUGAAUACUGGUACGUCUGCGUCCAGAAACAAUCUGCGUCUAAGUCAGGUCUAAGUGCCGAAGUGCUCCUCAAUAUCGUAAUCCCACCGAUUCAUCACGCAUCGUUUUCAUAUAUUUAUUUUGAAUAUUCAUGUUAAAGAACCUCAGCAGUGUCAGUACCUCUCUGAAGUCUCCGACUUCGUGUACCAAUUCAUUGUUUGGCUGCAAAAUUCACUGUUCAAAAAUGGCGACCAGAAAACUUCUCUGCUGUGCGAAUCUGCCGUUCCUGUUCCCGGAGGAAGGAGAUCUACUUCCUCGCUUUAAUGCAGCAAGCAAGUGUGGAUUUAAAGCAGUAGAGUUCCCAUUUCCAGAAGAACUGAAUGCAGCCGAUGUAGCUCAUAGUAUGAAGGAAAACAACCUGACUGUGGUGAUGAUGAACUCAAGUAAAUCGGGAAGUAUAAAUGGAUUUGCAGCAAUCCCAGGCAUGGAAGCCCAGUUUCUAACCUCUCUCAGCAAGUCUGUCGAGUUUUGUAAAGCUCUAAACUGCUCUAAAUUACAUGUAGUUGCUGGCGUUGUAGAAAAACCAUCUGUGGACCAUGACCAAACGUAUGAGAAGAACAUUAGGAUGGCAGUGGAUAUUUGUGAAAAAAAAGGGAUUACAGUUUUAAUUGAGCCUAUCAGCCCAACGGCAUUGCCUAACUACUACCUAAAUAAUUUUGAUAGAGCUGUUGCAUUAAUCAAGAAAAUAAAUAACCCAUUUUUAAAGCUGCAAGUAGACUUCUUUCAUCUGCAAUUAAUGAAGGGCAACUUAGCAAAUAACAUUAAAGACUGGUUUCCAUUGAUUGGUCACAUUCAAGUAGCCCAAGUUCCGGAUCGAAAUGAGCCUGACACUCCUGGUGAAAUCAAUUUUCAUUAUAUCUUUGAUUUGUUGUCGGAAUUAAAGUACAAGGAAUGGAUUGGGUUUGAAUACAAGCCUGCUACUGUUGGUAAUGUUGCUGCUGGACUGGGUUUUUUGGAUAAGAUGGAUCUUACAAUUUAGAAAGAAACUUUUGACUUCUCACUUAACCAAGAGCUGGAAGCCCUUGAUUAUCAGAGACCUUACAACAUCACUAUUUUGUAGCAUGAAAAGUCUGUUGUAAUACAAUAAAUCCUGUAGGAACAGGCCUCCAGAAGCGAAGAUGCAUUUAAAUUCAGUCCUAUAUCAAAUCAUCCCAUUGCAAGAUUGAAAUGCCUUUUUUUUUAAAAAAAAUUUGGAAAUGAAUUGCGUCCCUGCGUAGAACUGUCCAAAAUAAUUGUAACCAAAGUUGAUCGUGAGGAUUUACAUUCAUAAAACAAUGUAAUCAAUCACCUAAAUCAGUGUCUUUACCUACCAAGAAGGGAGCGGGAGGGUAAAGAGGGAGGGCAUCAAUUUAAUUUAUCCCCCCAUCUCCUUCCAAUAGAAAAAUAUGCAAAUGAAAAAGUCCUUUGCAGUGUCAUAGCAUCAAAAUUUACAUCUGUAUAGAUGCUGUCGGAAGUUGGAAAAAUCGUGGUCAAGCCUGCUCAAAAAAGGUACUCUUUGACUUUUCACAAGUUUUAACACUUAUCUUGUGUAAUUUUGACUCCUCAAGAUCACAUUUCUGAUGUGAAACGGAGAGAGCAGUUAGUGCAUUUCUGUAUGAGCCAUGGUUAGCACAUGUUUUUAUGUGUCUUGAGGUUCUUCCCAGCAUGCAAUCACUGCUCUCUUCACUAUCACGGCAGAUAUGUAUAAAUCUGAAAACUUAACGAAAUUCUGCUUAUACUGAAGCUAAUUCCAGGUCCUACGCCUGUCAAGACCGCUACUACGAUUUUUCAAAUGUUUGCUGCCUCUUAGGGUGAAUCUAAGUGAUCAAAGGGUGAGAUGCCAGAUCCACCACUACUUUGCACUGCCGCGCAGUUUGUGUCUUUGAAGGGAUAAUUAUCAUAAUGUUCACAUUGAUGCACACACUGAUCCAUAAUGUACAGCAUACUGUGUUAGUAUUAAUGAUACUGUACAGUGCAAGUUGAAAUAUGGCAAUGCCGUGAGAGCAAAAAUUAAUACGUAUACUAUAAGCUGAGCUCUUUUUAGAUUUUUCAUAACCUCUGGUGCACCCUUAUUAAAUGAAUGUGCACUGCAAGUGAAUUGUUCUCAUUCCAAAUAUUCCUUUAUCCCAACGGGUUAUGGGCCCAGUGUAUUCUUUUAAUACUUACUUACUAGUGUAAAGCAUUUCGCCCGUACUCUUAAAAUGGACCUAAAAUCCGUAAAAUAUUAUACAGGCCUUUGACGGGAAAAAACGCAGCGUCUGUAAGGUUAGAAUUCAGAAAUUCUGUUAAUCAAGAAAAUGUGAUGGAUGUGAAUGUUUAGAUGAUUCAAAGGUAAAUCAUCGCCACAUGAAUUCCUGCAAUAAGCGAUUGAGAAAACAGUCGAUGCUUGGCGAUACAGAAAUUGAAAAGUUCAACUUGUGCUGGGAUUGAAGAGCAUUCCAGUAAUAUUAGCAACAGAAAAUUAGAUGUGCGACGUUUUUUUGAGUUUGCUGAUCUCAGACAGUGAAUGCAAAAAUAUAAGAUGGAGAAUGACGACAACAACUGAGAAGACAUAAAUGACUGGAUAAACAUGCAUCAUGGAGUCUGGUCUCAAAACUAUUCUGGAAGACGUUUGGUUCUGCCCUGAAAUACCACAAAAUUGGUUAAAAAUACAAAAAUUUGGAAAGCUGAUAAUGAAAGAUAUUCUCGUCAAAAUAGAAGACAACAUUUUUAAGGGAAGUAUCGUUGUCUUUUGUGGUAAGGCUUUUUAGAAUUAUAAUAUUGAUGAGAAAUUACUGGUCAUUAUUCCGACAAGGAAAAGAUUUGAGAGUGAAAGCCAUACACCGACUGAGAUAAUAAAAUUUACUAUCGAGUUGAAAGAUCGUCGAAUAUGUGCGCAUACUGGCCUCAUUUAAAACGUAUCGCACGAAAUGAUAAUUUAUGUGAGUUGCAAAAAUAGUAAAAUUUGCCUAUCCUUGACGAUUUAAAGAUGGAAAUUAUGACAAAUUAGACCUUUUAAAAUGCACUUUAGUUUGCAAAUUUCGCUGAAUUUUUGGGAAUUAGAGGUCAGAGAUGAGACAGGAUUUUAACUUUGAAGUUUAAUAUGGCUGACUGUAGUGCCCACUUCCAAGUAAAUUAGAUUUUGCAUUUAAUUCAGUUGAAGGGAACCCUCUCAGAACCUCAUUGGGUGUUUGAUGUACAUAAUGAUAUGCACAAGAUCUGAUUUGUGCGCUGCAAUAAGUAUUUAAUGCAGAUAUACAAGCAAGAACAAUAAGAUCUUGUGGCAAUACUUAAAUAAGGGUGUUAAGGUACCUAUAAAGCUCAAGGAAUUUGAAAUUGACCUAAUUGUCCAAUUGACCUAAUUGAAUUGUUGUUGUUGUUCUGAUUGGGCAACAGAUGAAAACAAUAGAAAGAGCACAACGUGUGACAUCCAAAUCUUGUCGCAAAAAUUACAUUGGGAGAAUCUCAGCAUUUUUUUUUUUUUUGGUUUGAAUUGGGCAUGUUUUCUUCUAUACUGUGUUUAUGACAGAAAUCAAAUUUGAGACGAAACUAAACAGUUCGUGUCCAGAAAGGUAUCACGCUUUGUUUGAGUCACCAAAAAUCCACAAACCGAGCAGUAAAAUGGCAUCACUAAGCGAAUGGUGAAACCCGUAAUAGAUAAAGCUUGGGUAAUGUUCAUUGCAGUAAAAUUAUAUGAGGCAUUUCACAAAUGUAUAUAAAGUGUGGGAUGCGGAGAAGAAAAUGUUUGUCUCAGAGUAUAGUAAUUAUCGAUGAGACAAAGAACCUAGACCUGUGUUAAAGUGCUCUGUGGAUGCAGAGAAUGAGAUGAAAAACUGAUGCAUCUAACUGUGAGUCAAAAUCAGAUCUCAUGCAAGAAAAACUGAUGCAUCUGACCGUGAGUCAAAAUCAGAUCUCAUGCAAGAAAAACUGAUGCAUCUGACUGUGAGUCAAAAUCAGAUCUCAUGCAAGAAAAACUGAUGCAUCUGACUGUGAGUCAAAAUCAGAACUUCAUGAGGAACCACGAGCGUCAACUGAGAUAAGUAAAAGCUCAGAGAAUGGAUGUCUAGCUCUCUAAAGAAGAAAACAGGGUGUUGUCAAGACCCAUGUGGAGAUGGAUGAAUAGAGGAUGGAAUCUCUAUGGGUGCGUUUAGCUCACCGAUUAUAAUCCAAGGUGAUUUUUGAUCAAACAUGAAGCGUGGAAAGAGAAAAUGAAUUUUGUGUGAGUCAUGUAAUCGGCAAGAUACAUUACAUAAUAUCGAGAUUCGUAGUAAAAUUUCGAGUGACCGAAAGUUAGUCAAUAGGAAACUAAUGAAUCUGAAAAUUAUAGUGAAUAGGAAACCAAUAAAUCUGGUAAUAAAAUCAGAAUUGUUCUUAAACUUGAUACUUUAGUUAACUCUGGAAAAGGAACCGAGUUAAGGAAAUUAUAAGUCUUGUGAGCGACUCAAAAGCAAAUAAUUGGUGUAUAGUCCAAAACUUACUCAAACUCUAGACGUGAUGCGUGCUUGAAACAGAAGAGAAUGUGAAAGUAAAAUGGAGGGAAACUCUAUGAUAAUCUUAACUUCUGAGCACUUAAAUUAAAAACUAUCAUAAGCACAGUAAUGCCAUCGACGUGAUGAAGUUAAAAUGGAAAUACUGAAAUAAUUUUGAAGUGAGAGACGGAUCACUAAGAUUGCAAUAGUAUUGCAAAGAAUUAAAAAAGCCACGAAAGAUCAAAACACAUUGAUGAUAAAUAUCAUAUUAUAGGGAGCAGAUUGUUAAAAGAGUAAUUGAAGCAAAAUAUUUUCCUACAGGUAAUCAACUGGAUGAUUUGUUAACAAAACCUGUGUCUGUUUGCAAAUUCAAGAAACUGAUUGUGAGACCGGGACUCAGACUUCAGCGAGAUCAAAAUUUGAAGUUCAAGUCAAAAUUCGUCGAGAAAAUUCUAUCUGUGAUGUUUGUUUUAGAAUAAGGUCUGGUGAGGUUUUUCUGGGUUUCCCUCAUCCGUUGCAACAAAUGUUGGACCUGUAUGUUGUUCCCAGUUAGCAUCUAUUCAUAAUGGAAUUAAUUUUUGAGGAGGAGAGUUGAAAUAUGGCAAUGCCGUGAGAGCAAAAAUUAAUACGUAUACUAUCAGCUGAGCUCUUUUUAGAUUUUUCAUAACCUCUGGUGCACCCUUAUUAAAUGAAUGUGCACUGCAA